AAAUGAAAAUUAGAAUAGUAAUAUUUAUUUUUUACAUCCUAAAAUUAAGCAACUGCAUUCACAUAGUGGAUAAACUAUUCGAGGAAAUUAACAAAGAUGUAGUCAAAUAUAACGCGAUUGCUGCAGACAUAGAAUGGAGCUCUUCCAUCAACCCGAAUGCAGGAACACAAGAGAGAUCACUUGCGUAUUUAAAAAGAAGAAUAAUAUGGCAAAGGAAUACUUGCAAUAAGUUGACUGAAAUAAAAAACAUUCUAACAAAUGGAACACAGCAGAGGCAGUCGUUUUUGUUGUGCAGGGGACCAACGUACAAUCUGGAAGAAGCAAGAUUUUUAAACAAAUUGAAUGAAAAAAUGCUAUCAAUCUAUUACAAUGCGCAAGUUUGUAUCCCCAAGAUAACAUCUCAUUCAGAAUCUAUAACAAAUAACAAUGUAGAAUACAAUGAACGUAGAAUCAAAGAAUACUUAUUAAAAGUAGACAAAGAAAACGCAAACGAAUACAAUAUCCUAGAACAAAGAACUACGAAAGAACAGACUUUGUGUUUUAAGCAAAAGGAUUUAGAAGAUCUGAUAGAAAAAUCGAAGGAUGAAGAAGUUUUAAAAUGGAUAUGGAAAAUGUGGAGACAGAAGACUGGAUCUUUGAUAAAAGAAUAUUAUAAAACAGCUGUGGAUAUAGAGAACAGAGCCGCCCGCAGAAACGGUUACACAGACGUCGGUGAAUCUUGGCGUGAGGAAGUCGAAAUAUCAAAUCUAAGACAUUACUGUCGACAACUCUACCAGUCUGUUAAACCAUUGUAUACGCUUCUUCAUGGAGUUGUUCGGUACUUUCUUCGGAAAAAGUACGGCGAUAUCGUACCAACACGAGGACCGAUACCUGCACAUUUACUUGGUAAUCUCUGGGUUCAAAAUUGGGAGCCGUUAUCAGAUCUAAUCAUACCUAACUCUAUUAAUUUGGACGAUAGUAUGAAGAAAAAGAAAUGGGACGUUAAACAUAUGGUUAAAAGAACAGAAGACUUGUAUCUUUCUUUAGGAUUACCAUCAAUGACGAAUACUUUUUGGCACAAAUCAAUAUUUUUGAAAGAGGAUAAUCAAAUACGGUGUCAUGGCACUGCUGCAAAUAUGUUCAAAGAAGACGACUACAGAUUAUUAUAUUGUGCUGGCAUUUCCUUUCAUGAUUUCAACGUGUUACAUCAUGAAAUGGGCCAUAUCCAUUAUUAUAUGGCCUACGCAAACCAGCCUGGUAUAUUUAGACAAGCUAAUUCUGCUUUUCAUGAAAGUAUCGGUGAUGCGAUAACAAUCGGCGUGAUGACACCACAACAUUUAAACAGACUGGGAUUGAUAAAUGAUUCAACUUUGUAUUCAACAAACGAAGGUCUUACACAAGCAGUACCAAAUGUAUCUAAUAAAGAAAAAGAUAUAUUUUCCCCGAUAGAUUCAAUUAAAAGUGAUACAAAUAAACGUAUGAAUGCAACCACCGAUGAAAUACUAUUACUAAAACGUGCUCUGAACAAACUGCCUCAAAUACCAUUUUCUUUGCUCAUUGAUGAAUACCGAUGGAGGUAUUUUGAAAAUAAUAUAGAUGAAGGAAAUAUGAAUAAGAAAUAUUGGGCAAUGUCUCUGGAAAUUCAAGGUAUAUCACCACCUGAAGAGAGAAAUGAAGAAUUCUUUGAUUUAGGCGCCGUAUACCAUGUCGCUGAUAAUACUCCUUAUAUCAGAUAUUUUUUGGCAAGUUUCUUCCAACAUCAAUUGUUUGAACAUCUCUGUAAAGUUGCUGUCUUUGGGAAGCACGGAGAAGCCAAGCUUUUGCCAAAAACAAUCCCAUUGAAUCGAUGUGACAUUUAUGGAGCUAAAACGAGCGGGAAAUUGUUGAAAAAAUUCAUGUCACGUGGUAAUUCCCAACAUUGGAGAGAAAUAUUAAAAGAGACAUUUAACGAAGAUGACAUCUCUGCUGCUGCCCUCUUGCGAUACUAUCGGCCUUUGGAAGAUUUUUUGAUCAAACUCGUCGAAGAAUAUAAUAUACCACUCGGUUGGUAAUCAGAU